CUUUACAUCAUGUACGUAAUUUAAUUAUUUCUAUCAAUCUCUAUAUUAUCCACGCUAAAAAUCGAUCCAAAAUUCGCAUAUAAAAUUCGCGAACAGACAAAGAAUUAAGAGCUAAGCGUUAUAAGUGUUUUGAAAGAUCGCUCGUGCGGUUCGGACGUGUUCUAUCUCGAGCGUUACAUCACCUCGAUUUAUAUUUUUAAAUUACGUGCAUCAUAGCCGUAACGCCGUAAGCGUCUAAUGUUUAGGGGGUCCCGCGUCAUUUUCGUAGCAAUGGUAAAAAUCGAUAUUUCAGAAAAAUCGAUAACAUAGAGUCGUUCUGGACACUCGUAGAUAAAUUAGAGUUUUAUACGUUUUAUACAAUUUUUUACGUAUAAUAUCGUAUAAUACAGUAUAAUGUAAAAAACCCUAAAAAAUCCUCGGAUAACCCAACCCUGCAUAUGAUCAUAACAAAUUAAUAGAAUUUUUAAUUCAGCACAAAUUGUUAACAAAUACAAUCCAGUGUAACAAAUAUGGUAAUGAUAUAAACAUUAAUAAAGAAACAUUAAUGUACAAGUGUAGAAGACGGUACUAUGUGAAAAAUGUUAAUAAGAAACGAGUAGCAGAACGUUGCGAUGUCUAUAGGAGUGCAAAGAUUGGUACUUGGUUCCACAACAGUAAUCUUGACGUGGGUACAAUAUGCAGACUAGUUGCAUGUUUCUUAAUGUUGCAACACCCACGUCAAGAUCGUACGCAGGUUGAAACUGGCAUUACAUCGCCGACCACGAUUGUUGAUUGGUUUAACUUCUGCCGAGAGGUCUGUGUGUUCUGGGCUGAGAAACAUAGUGAAAAGCUUGAUGGACCAGGACACACAGUCGAAAUCGAUGAAGCGAAGAUUGGAAAACGGAAAUACAACCGUGGUCGGCUUGUAAAAGGUCAAUGGAUCUUCGGGGGAUAUGAGCAGGGGUCAAAGAAGAUAUUCAUCGUACCAGUGGAGGAUCGUAUGGAAAAGACGCUCCUGGAAAUAAUAAAAAAAUGGAUAUUGCCAGGAACAACUAUUGUGUCAGAUUGUUGGAAGUCCUAUGAUUGUUUAAACAAUGAGGGCUUCCAACAUCUGACAGUAAACCAUUCCUAUAAUUUCGUCGAUCCUGAAACUGGUACAUACACUCAACAUAUAGAGCGCGUUUGGAGAGAAGUUCGGGGAAAUAUUCCAAGAUAUGGAAGGAGAGAAGACCAUUUUAUUGGAUAUUUGGCCAAAUUUCUCUUCAAACGCGCCUAUGACUACGCAGAGUGGAUUGAGAUCUUCUUUGACAUCAUUGCGGAAAUGUAUCCUCCGAUGUCAAUGUUCAAUGACCACCCAGUAGCAGCUAACAAUGAAGAACCAAGUACCAGCACAUCUACAUGAAUGUUUUUAUUUUUUACAAAAUACCGUCUUCUACACUUGUACAUUAAUGUUUCUUUAUUAAUGUUUAUAUCAUUACCACAUUUGUUACACUGGAUUGUAUUUGCUAACAAUUUUUGCUGAAUUAAAAAUUCUAUUAAUUUGUUAUGACCAUAUGUAAGGUAACCAUUCCUUAUUAACACCUUUCGUACAAAAUCAAAUUA